UGCGCUUUUGUACAACAUGCAGCACUCUAUUAUGUCUAACAUAGUGCUAACCUUGCAUUUAUUACACUAGGGAUGUAACGAACAGUGAGUAUCGCCUUACACAUUCCUUUUUUUCUCUUUUUGCAGAUGACCCUCCUAGCGAGGGCAAGGCCAAGCGACGCCAGCACUGUACCAUCUGCAAGAAUCACAACAAGGUGUCCCCCAAGAAUCGUCACAAGUGUCCCUUCACCAACUGCGAGUGCACGCUGUGCCAGCUGACCCGCAAGAGCCAGAGGGUCAUGUGCCAUCAGCAACGGCUCUGGCGCUUCCAGAAAAUGGUUAAGAAGAGCGACGGCACCGAAGGGGCGGCGCCUGAGGGCGGCAAUUGCGGAGCUCCGGCUCCUGGCAGCAGGGCGCCCGGGACGCCUAAAGGGCAUCUCACGGAGGAGAUUCCUCCCUCAAGUGACAGCGGGAACACGGAUGGACUCAGCAAACGGCAGGUGUGCGACAAAUGCAGGAACCACGACAUCUGGGUGCGGAAGCGCGGCCACAAAGGCAACUGCCCAUAUGAGAAAUGCAGCUGCCCGUACUGCUCCUUCACCGCGACGCGACAGAAAUUGAUGAAGCAUCAGCAGCGUGUGCGACGGGCUCAGGUCACCAGUCAGCCAGGGAGCAGUCCUCAGGAAUUCGUUUUAAGGCCAGCAGGACGCUCAGGUGCCACUAUUGACGAAAUCGAAUCACCCGACACACAGCUAGACAAUCCUAGAGAGUCCCCGCCUCAAGUCGGGGAGGGAAAGGAUCAGAAUGCAUCAGAAUCCUUCCCCAAGAUUACCUCCCCGCCAGCUCCGCCUCCCGACCCUGCUUCGUCACCCGCUCCCGUCGCCGAACCAACUCACACACAAUGUUGGUUGGAGCCGUACAAAGAGAGUCCUGCACAACCUUCCAUUCCACGAGAAAUCCCGGAGACGCGAUCGUCCGCCUUCCAUUCUCCCGGGUAUGAGACCUCACCCAUCUACACUCCAGCACCCACAGCCCACACACCUGUUAACCCUCUCAUAAAGCCAGACUGUAGCUUCGACCUGACUAGAUGCUAUGAAUCCACCGAUACCCCCAAGACUUUCGCGACGCCGCCUCAGAACGCGGCUCUGCGCUGCCCCUUGCCAGCCCAGGACUUCUCCACCUCUGUCAUGUCCUCCAUGAAGCCAAAGUUCGGCGUCGAACCUGACGACUUUCAGCUGCGUAACUGGACUGAACCUAUCGAUAACCAGUUGGCCAAGACUCCACUUGGCAUCCCACCUCCGUGCGUGUCUCUGCCCUUACCUCAACCACCUCCUCCGCUCAGUUCCUCGGCUUCCAUCAGACCCCUGCCACCCAUCCGACCCCAGCCGCCUAUCCGACCUCAGCCCAUUCCAGCCCCGAGGCUUUCCCAUGUCCAUCCACACAUGGGCUGGAGUUCCGUGAGUCUACCUUACAUUGCUUCAGCUCUCCUCCAGACCCACCACGGGAGCGCUCCUGGCCUCCACCUCGCCCGCCCUGCUCACCUAACCGCUCCCGCCUCGUCGCUGGCGGCGUGGUGGUGCCCCCCGCGUCUGUGUGACCACCGAGAAGCCAUGAUGAACGGCGGGGGGGGUGGCGCGCCCUCCUCCAUCUAAGUGAAACCUCCAGAGUUGUGAAUACAAACACAAUGUGAUAUUGACAUAGCACUGCAGUACUUUAAACUUGAACUUCAGUAACUCUGUGGUAAUAAGCCAAGGCAAACGUUUUCUUAUCUUUAUUUUGCCAGCUUUUCGUUUAAGUGCAAAUCCUUAUUCGAGUUGAUAUGCCAGAGACAUCCGAAACUUAACUAAGUUAACUGACCGACAUUACCAAGAUGACGGACGGAAUUCUGUGAACAGCAAGCUAAUGAUGCUUCAGCCAAAUAUCACAAUUCUCUUUUGUAUGUAUGGUGACCAUGAAAUGGAACUGGUUCCCGGUGGAGGGCAGCCGACCGAGCACCAGCCGCGGAGAACCAGGUUUAUUCCAUGGUGAACACCGAACUAUGCUGAUGUGCUUUUAUCCCUUUCAGUUAUUUUGAAAUGCAUGGAUAAAAUAGUGAAGACGGUAUUAACAAAAGAGAUGAUAAUGCACAGAAAAGUGACAAUGACUGGCAAAUUAAUGAUAAGUGAAAUCUGCUAAACUGGUCGUAAAAAAUCUAUAAGAGAAAUUUGCAACAACUACAAAAUCUCAAGAUUAGAAUAAUGGAUGGAUGGAAACCCAAUUCUCAUAACGAUGAAGAAGAAUAACGAUUACUGAUAAUAAGUAUAAUGAUACUACCAAAUCUAUACCCCCCCUGACAGUGCCAAAGAUGGAACACUAAGGACUAAGUCAGCUGAUCUUGUUCAGCGGCGUCAUUGCAUGACUGACGAUACCAUGUACCUGUAGCAGCACGUGGUGCUCUUUUCUAACGCCGCCGUGUCAGACCAGAGGGCACACUGUAAUAUGUUUUCGAUUUGGACGAAUGAUUGCCACUGUGCCAUAGAAUAAAUGAGGCGUAUGUUGCUGCCAAGACAAAGCUCCAGGAUAAAAGGACAUUGUGACUGAGAAUGCUUUGAGGCUACGUCGUUCAUGUGAUAUUAUACAAUGCCUGUGAUAUCCUGAUGUUGUUGUGAUUAUGAGAUCCACGUUCAUGUGUUUUUUAUGAGAACAAGGUGAUGAAACUGGAUCAUGGUGAUUCGGUUCAAGUCAGUUAGAUCUGUUUUGUGACCGUAAUGUAAACUACUGUGGGAUGCAGAUGGUUUGUUUCCUCUACACCAAAGUUCUUCCCACACCACAUUACUAGAUAUUCAUCCAAGAUUGGAGAAAACUAUUAAACUUAAAAGAACUAAGCCGAACGGGUGUGUUAGAACCCAAACGUAUGAGGUUGAAAAGAUUAAUGUAAUACUGUAACAUAUUUAUUUUUUUAAGUUUGGCAAUAAGAAAAAGUCAUGUUCUGAAAUUGUGUUUCCCAUCAUGGAAUAUAUGAUUUCAUUUCACUGACACUGAUUUGAAUUUUGCAUCAUCAAAUGCUUCUUUUUGACACGCACGAAGUUCUGAUUUGAAUCUAAAUUCAUGCUUACUAUUUUAAGCAAUCUUCUUGCAGACAAACAUCGAAAAAGAUUAAUAUGUGAGUCAACCAGUCAGAAAGAACCAGUCCGUCAUACAUGUUUCAUGUAAGGCCCCAAGACAGGAUUUUCCAUCGCAAGUUCAAAAAUUCAUGGUACUUAACCCAAAUACAUCAGUAAUAUCAUCACAAGUACUAUCUGGAGUAACGAGAAUCUCAAAAUCAUGAUGGACCAAUGUUUUAUGAACAUAUCUGUUUCAUUAUGAUCUUAUUUCAGUUUGAAACAAGAAUUUCAAUAAAGCAGUAGCAGUUGACAAACAAGAACGAUCGCGAUCCGACAAACGUAGCUCCCACAGCCUGAAGCAUUAACGUUCGUGGAUAGUAUUACUGGAAGUUAUGUAACCUAAUUUGACUCGCUUUGUUUCAGCAGAGGUUACGGAUGAGUUUCGGAUCCCUUCCUUCCAGAGAAUGUAUUAAAAUAUACUUCAGAAUCCUCCGUGAUUUGCUUGGUUGCAUCAGCAGUUGCAUGACCUCAUAUUAACAGUGACCCGAAGACAAAAUUCCGUUUGUUCAUAGAAUUCAGAUUAGCAUUAGUCAUUUAGGAACAUUAAUCGUGAUUAAGUAUAUUGAAAAUGAGGCGCUCGCUUUGUGUUUUUAUGGCUGUAACUUUAGUUGUGAGAACAAGAUAAAUGACGUAAUUCUAAUAGAUUUCUGAAAGACCUAAAACGGGAAGAAAUUAGUUUAUGAUUUGUAAAGGGAAGCCUGUUAUUGCAAGAAGGGAAGAGUAAAUUAUUACAUUACCUGAUAUCUGAUAUUUUCUGUUGGAAGCCAUAAUAAAAAAGGAAAUGCAUAGACCUAAAUCUUAAAGGAAAUGUUACAGACCACAACUUCAAAGGAAGUUCAUGGGAAAAAGGCGUGUUUGAUUAUCAGCAAUGCAUUUUGUACUAUAUCAAAAGUCUCACACUUUAUUUAUUCUGAAAAUUGGGUAAAAAAAUAAAUAAAAAAGGAAAUUCUUUAUUUCAAUCACAGUUCAUAUACUACUACACAUUUUUAUAUAGCUUAAGGCAUGUACAUUAUCACCAGGUUAGACUGGUCA